UUUCGUUUUAUAAUUGAUAAACAGUAGCGUAGUAUAAUUUAGGUAUUAGCAGCGGUACACUGAAAUGGCUUUAACGUUACGUCCGAAGCUGGGGGCUCGUUUCGUGGAGAUACUGCGUACAACACAGAAAAGAUGUGCUUCCGGUGCUUCAUUUAACGCCUCAGAUUUGAUAGUCGACCUAUCCAACAGGCUGAAUGAAAAGCCGACCAAUCCAGAACAAUGUCUUUUUGGAAAACAAUUCACGGAUCACAUGUUUGCCGUUGAAUGGACGAGAAAGAAAGGAUGGGGAAUUCCACAGAUCAAGCCGCUUCAAAAUCUGAGCAUGCAUCCCGCUACUUCAGCACUUCACUAUGCCAUCCAGCUGUUCGAAGGUAUGAAAGCAUAUCGCACGGUCGAUAAUCGAAUCGCCAUGUUUCGCCCCAUGCAUAAUAUGGACAGAAUGCUAAGGACAGCUCAAAGAGCAGCACUACCGGAAUUUGAUAAAGAAGAAUUUUUGAAAUGCAUUUCCGAAUUAAUUCGAGUCGACAACGAAUGGGUUCCAUUUUCAACCAAAGCUUCUCUGUACAUAAGACCAACCUUCAUAAGCACAGAGCAAACGCUUGGAGUUAACGUACCGAAUUCAGCUUUAUUAUACUGCAUUUUAUGCCCGGUCGGCCCCUAUUUCGAAACAGGAGCAUUCGAACCAGUCUCACUUAUGGCAGAUCCGAAAUAUAUAAGAGCUUUCCCAGGCGGUGUUGGAGCUUACAAAUUAGGAAGCAACUACGGUCCAACGAUAGAGGUUCAACAAGAAGCGCAAUCUCGAGGUUGUCAGCAAGUUUUGUGGUUGUACGGUGACGAUCACGAGGUAACAGAAGUCGGGACAAUGAAUGUUUUUGUAUACUGGAUCAAUGAAGAAGGAGAGAAAGAACUCGUCACCAUGCCACUGAGUACAGGAAUUAUUCUUCCGGGUGUGACACGUAACAGUCUUAUCGAACUCGCGAGUGACUGGGGUGAGUUCAAAGUAACUGAAAGAAGGUUCAACAUGGGUGAUGUGAAGAAAGCUCUCAAAGAAAACAGGUUGAUAGAAAUGUUUGGCGCUGGUACAGCUUGCGUAGUUUGUCCAAUAAAUCGUAUUUUAUAUAUGGAUGAAGAAUUACUUAUUCCUACAAUGGACAGCGGUGCAGAAUUAUCAAAACGAUUUUUAAACGUUCUUACCGAUAUUCAGUACGGAAGAGUGGAGAGUGACUGGUCGCAUACUGUCAUGGAUAGUUCCGAAGCCGCACGUAUUCAUAGCAUUUGAAUUUGAGAACAAGAUAAACCUGGCACUCUUAUCGACCAAUAAUCGUUUUGUAGACGACCAUACCUCCUCCAGUCAACAUAGACAAACCUUGAUACACGAGGGCUUUCAAAUAUAAAAAUCAAUGUCUGUGGAACACGUAUAUAGUUUGCCUUUAGGCAGCACCGGAGAUUUUGUGUUCGUAUUCCAUUUGAAAAUUUAAUAUUAUUCACUGCUUAUUUACAUAUUGUUGAAAAUCAGGAUCAAUGGCUUAGAAUUUUGAAAUCUAGACGAAGAAUCUGAUUGUUUCAAUUCAUAACCUGUUUGAAAUUCAAUCGUUUUUCUCAUGAACGCAACACUAUUUAUUGGCUCAUGCGUCUACAGAAGUUUGAAGAUUUUAUCAGCUUUCAGUUUAUUUUGUUUUUUUCCCUAAGUACAGGCGUUUGAUCUUUACAUCAUGACACAUUUUGUCUUUUAUGGCAGAUUUCGUGAUGCCGUUGUUUUUUGCUUUUCGUUUUAAUUACAAAAUUUCGUUCUUUAUUUUUUUAGAUUGCUUAUGUUUGCCGUGCUAAUACGAUAUCACACCGAGUACACACCUAAAUUUUUCCAUGUGGGAUAUUUUUGAUCUUUUUUCUUUGUUCUUCAACAUUUGGUCAAUCUGUCUCGUGAAACUUUUCUAUCAAUGGCCCUUGUUUAGCUAAUUCAAUUUUCAACCGACCUUGCUUGUCAUGAUUCAGUCCCGAAAUCAGCUAAACCUGUUUUAAUAUACACAGAUUUCAUUUGAUUUUCUCACGUAUACACAAAGUCUUGUAUGCUUGCCUAUUUAUUUAGUUUUUAAGUUAUGCUUUUCACGUUCAUAUACACAAUUUUGUUGCUUUAGUUUUAGCUAUCCGCUUUAUCGCCAAAUAAAGUUGAAGCCACAACUGUUGAAUGAUAUACUUUUUUUCACUUCAUAAAGGAUGUCAUAGGAUUUUAUUUUUACCGGCUAUAAGAUUAUCCAUUUCCACGCAGGCUUGUCACAUUUGAUAUUUCUUAUCAAUGUUCGCAGGCUUUUGUUAUCAUUUACACAUGCAGCUAUAAGAACAUCAUACACUGUCGAAAAUAACCACCAAAUGUAGCAAAAUCCGAUAUGGAGUGUUCCAUUUUUAUGAAGCGUAUUAAACAUUGAAUAUAUUACAGAGGACGCGCCAUUUACAAACAACUUCAUGUAUAUCUUUUUUGAUCGCAAGCAACAUAUAAAUUUCAAUCUUUGCGUUCAGAGUGUUUAAAAUAUAGACUAUUUGGUAUAUUUUCAAAAAAUUAAUGCUCCCGCCCGCCAUCUAGCGUUGUGCUAUUUCUUAUGCUAUGGUAAAAUUAUUAUAAAGAAGCCCAGUUUAUACACAAAGAAUAUUAAUUAUAUUUGCUUUGAAUGUUAUAAUGUGUUUGCUGUAUAUAAUUGAUAGUGCGUUUUGUAUUUAUUAUAGUAUUCUUUAAUUUACAAAACGAGUACAAUCUCGACUGUAAUCGCCUGGUCAACUUAAGACACUGAUUUUCUGUAUUUCUUUCGCAGAGUUAAUAAUUGUUUGUUUGUCUCGCUAGUUAAUGUAUGUUGAAUCAGACAAUAAUUCUAGUAUUUUCAUGGCAUUAAAUGACAAUAAUUUUUUGUAUAUGGAUUUUUCCAAAAUCUGCGAUAUGCAUUCAAGAAUACUGAAUUCGAUAUUAGCUGGACUAUAGAUGUCGUUUAGUAGUGUCAAAUUAUGUUCAUAUAGAAUUAAAUUGCUUAUUUCAACGAAUAAUCUAAAACUGUCAGAAACACCCAUUUUCUUGGUACCCCAUUUUACAAUUUGUAACUGCAAACACUCGAGUUUUCUUGCUUAAAGGUAAAUGUUUCUCCUUGCCCAAAAUAAACUGUGUUCGCCGAUAUUGCUGUAAAUUUUGUAGAUAUCAAUAUGUAUGUAGAUUAGGUUUCAUUUUGUUGUUUUGUGAAAAUAAAAGUUCACGAAAAUCCAGA